AUGUUGAAGGUGGAAGAGCUUUUGCGGGAACUUAUAAACCAAAUCAGGUUAGAAAAUAAAGAUGACAGUUUUGAGCUUUCAUCCUUUCAAAAUGAGGGAGAAAUCGAUUGGGAAAAACUUUUGGUUCAUUUGAAUCAAAUAGUAAAGCAAGACUAUAUAUCAAGAAGGACGAUGAUGAUUCAACUACGAUCCGAUGCAUUAACUAUCCAAGAACUAAAUCUUGAAAGAAAAAACUUAAGGGAAUCGGUAAAAGAAUUAGGACAAAUCAAAUAUCUAUUUCAACAGCAGAUAUUGCGAAACGAAAAACUUCAAAAACAAGUGGAUCAGUAUAGUCACGAAUUCAAGGUUUUGCAAAACGAAUUGAAAGAGAUGAGGGGUAUGGUACCUCAGAAGAAAUCACGUAGAUUUUAA